CUUGCUCUCACCAUCUCCAUCCCUACGCUUUUCUAUUUUAUUUUAUUGUCUUCAAAGAGAUGAAAAAGAAUCUCUUUUCAGAGGUGAAAAAAUCUUUUUGAAACUUAAGCAACACUAGUUUAAAGUACAUCUCACUCCCUCUGCAUCUACACUUUCUUUCUGGUAUUCAAAACCAAGGACUGUGUUUCUUUAGAGAGAGAGAGAGAGAGAGAGAGGGAUGGCAAUGGGUGGUGUUGGAAGUGGAUCAAUGAAGUACAGUAACAGUAGUAGUAGAGGAUUGAGGCCUUAUGCCCUGAUGUUGUUGCUUGCUUUUGGUGCUGCUGUAUUUGGUGUAAUGGUUCUUCACAAGUUUAGAGAAAGACGCAUCUUCAGCCUCCUCAUCAAAGACAAAGACAGAGAUAUUAUCACCCUUCAACUACUCUUACAGAAAGAAAGGGACUACAGCAAAGAAAUGAAAAAGAAAGUUGAAGAAUUGAAGGGAAAGGCACAUUCUCUCAGAACUCAAAAGAUGGAUUUGAAUAACAAGAUUAUGGGUUGGCAAUCUACAGCAGCUUCACUUAAAGAAGAAGCAAGAAUUAUGGAAGUUGAAUUGGAGGAGAAGAAAAAUGAACUCAGAUUACUAAAGGAAAAAGAGAUGAAUUCAAGUCAAGAUAUUUCUCAAGUUUCAGCUCUAACUGCACUACUUAAGCAGAAAGACAUCGAGCUCCAAGAGAUGAAAGAUCGUCUUGAGAAACCGGUUAAUGUAUGGUCUGUGAGUGCUGAUGAUCCUUCUAACCCACAGGUUAGUUUAACUGCAACAGAACAAGUUGUGAAUGCUGAAUCUUUGACAAGCAAAAGUGAAGGAGAAAGUACUGAUCAAAAUGCAACUCAACUAGAAGGGAAGUCGUUUGAGAAUGGUCAAGAUAGUGCAGUAUCAAGAGAGGUACAUGAAUUUGGCGAGAAGAACGGAGAACCAGGUCAAAGCAAGGGAGCUUCAGGUGAUAUUAACUUGGAAAAGACUGAGAACUUGCAAGGGGCUGAAGGUUUGAGUAUGAGAGAGCAAGUGGGUAAUAGCAAUGAAACCAAUGUGGUCAAAAAUAACGGAAUGAAUGGUGUUCUAAAGGAGGUGGAAGGUAAAGUAGAUGAAAUGCCUGAAGGAUUACAAAAUGUUGAGAGCUCUGGAGAUAGAGGUGAAGGUAGUGAUAGCGUCCAGAGAAUGAGCAAGAGAUGGAGAGAUAUUUACAGAAACAGCAAACUGGAGAAGACAAGACAUCAUGAUGAGGUGGAAAAGCAAGGAGCUGAGCAAGAUAAUCAAACUGACACUGAAGCGGGAGAUGAGGGUUUAAAAACACAGACCGAUAACAGUCACCAAGCUGGUUUGGAGGGUAAAGAGAUUCGAGGACACUUGAGACUGAGAGAAGGAAAUAGUUAUGGUGUGGAAUCAAAUGAACAAGUAGGCAAUGCAAGGAAAAUGGUUUCUGUUGAUGCGGUACCAGGAGAAGCAAGUAAUGCUGGAGAUGGGCAAAAUGCAGGUGAAACUUCCAAUAUGGUUGCCGAUGAUGCUGUCGAACAGGAGCCAGCUGUCGUACACAAAGAACAGAAUGUCCAAAAUACAAUACACAGGAGGGAGCUUCCAGGAAGGCGCACAGCAAUGUCCAGAAAGCAGAAGGUACCGAAGGCAACAAAACUUCGGAAAACUUGGAAAUCGACAGUGUUGGAAGACAAUCAAGACUACUAAGGAAGUCCUAAUAUUUCAAGCUCGAAAGAAGAUGUAGGAUGGGGUAGGUUAAUAAUGAGGGAAAUAUUUUAGAUAGAGCAUGGUAUACUGGGCUGGGGUGCUUGUAGUACAUCUGCUAAAUAUUUGUGUCUCAUGGGAGUGUUUUCCUCUCUUUUUUUCACUGGCUGUUACACUUUAGCCAAACAGAUGUAAGAAGCAUUGGUUUCUCUUCAAGUUCAGUCUCUUUUUCUCUUUGGUAUA